AAUUGUGGAGUCAUGUAGUAGUACACCAUCAAUGUGGCACACCCUAAAUUCUCUCCAUGCCUAAGUUGCAACCAUGGCAUAUUGGCAUAUGCUCCAAAUAUUCCAAACUAAACCCCUUCUUGCACUCCAUAUGACAAAUGCAUGCCUCUCUCACUUCUUCCCUUCCCUCCAUAAAAUCAAACAUGCCCACUACAAUGCAUUUGUGGAUCAUACCUUCUUUUUUUAUGGAAGUUGUAGAUAAUAGCUAGCUAAUUACAUGUAAAUUAGGGAUUUGUUCUUGAUUAAUCAGUUUGGGGAGGAUGAAGUUUGGGAAGAGGCUGAAGAAGCAGGUGGAGGAGAGCCUCCCGGAGUGGAGGGACAAGUUCUUGGCGUACAAGCGCCUCAAGAAGCUCGUCAGGCUCGUCUCCUCCUCCUCCGGCGAUGUCGGCGGCGGCGGCGGCGGCGAGGCCGAAUUCGUGCGGCUGCUCGACGGCGAGGUCGACAGGAUCAACGCCUUCUUCCUCGAGCAGGAGGAGGAGUUCGUCAUACGGCAGAGGGAGCUGCAGGAGACAGUGGAGAAGGUGGCCGGCGGCGGCGGUGGAGGGCGGCGGCCGGCGGCGGCGGAGAUGAGGAGGGUGAGGAAGGAGAUCGUGGACCUGCACGGGGAGAUGGUGCUGCUGCUUAACUACAGCGCCGUCAACUACACAGGGCUGGCCAAGAUCCUGAAGAAAUACGACAAGCGCACCGGCCGCCUCCUCCGGCUGCCGUUCAUCGAGAAGGUGCUCCGGCAGCCGUUCUUCACGACGGAGCUCAUCUCGAGGCUCGUCCGCGACUGCGAGGCCACCAUGGAGGCCAUCUUCACCUCCUCCGUGGCGACGACGGCGAUGGCCGGCGAUCGCCGGACAUGGAAAGGAUGCUCCGGCGACGCCGGGAUGGCUCCGAUGGCAGACCAGCAGGGCAUCUUCCGGAACACCGUCGCCGCGCUGGCGACGAUGAAGGAGCUCCGGAGCGGGAGCUCGACGUACGGGCGGUUCUCGCUGCCGCCGAUGGCGGCGCCGGCCUCGCCGGAGUCCGACGUGCUGCAGUCCAUCCGAUCCGAUCCCCAUCUGAAAGAGAAUGGAAGAAUUCCAAGUUUACAGUUUUUUUAUGCCUAAUUGCCGGUACUAGAUUGUAUGAUUACGAAACGAGUCAUUGAGAGAUUAGCAAUGUGCAAGCUAAAGUUUUCUGUACUUGUAAACUCACAUAUGCCGUGGUAGAGAACAUACAUACACAUAUAUAAGGAAAAUUCUUUAGCUAAGUCCAUCAA